CGAGGAGAUUCUCCGGAGAGGGCUGAGAAACGGCGAACGAAGCGCACAGCACAUUGGCAUCGGCGUAGAUGGGAAGAGGCCGGAUCUUAGCAAGGCGGCCGCUAAGGCCUUCGCUUGCCGCUGCUACCUCGCUCGCGCUGCUGCAGGUGACUGCAGCAUUUUAUCUGCCUGGCGUGGCACCCACAGAGUAUGAGGAAGGCAAGAAGGUGCAGCUAAAGGUCAACAAAAUCACGUCCGUCAAGACCCAGCUCCCUUACAGGUGAGCGCAACCACGUGGCACCACGACACGACAGGCAAGUGUGUGUCUUGUGCAGGUACUACUACUUGCCAUACUGCGAGCCCGAGAACGUCAAGGAGAGUGUGGAGAAUCUGGGCGAGAUCCUGGCGGGCGACGUCAUCGAAACAUCCAGCUAUGAGGUGAAUGGGAUGAGAUAAUUAACACCUCACUCACCCUUCGCAAGCCGACUCAGCUGGAGCGGGCGUGUUUCUCUCUUGUGUGUGGCCCGGCCGUCCGUGUGUGCAUCAAUCAAUCGCCUCAGAUGAAGAUGAAGGAGGACGUUCAGUGCAAGAUCUUGUGUGAGAAGAAGCUCGACACCGACAAGCGGUCGCUCUUCAAGGAGGUCAUCGACGACGAAUACCAAGUCAACUGGUAGGUACCACACGCACGCCACACACUGACCGCUGCACGCCCGCUGACUGAUGCGAUGCGUCUUCUGUGUGUUCCGCCACGUCAGGCUGAUCGACAAUCUUCCCGCUGCGACGCGUUACGAGGUGAAUCGCGGGGCCCAGAAGGACUUCUACUACACCAACGGAUUCCCUGUCGGCAGCAAAGCCGGGGUACGACGAUCCUCAAGCACACACACGACAGCUGCCUUGUGCGGUGCGCGUAUGGGUAAUUGACGUUCGUUCAUUAGGGCAAGCACUACCUGCACAACCACGUGGACAUUGUGCUCAAGUACCACCAGCCGCGAAAGGGCGUCGAGAAAUACAGAAUCGUCGGAUUCGAGGUCGCGCCACACAGGCAAGCCGACCGACGCACACUGACUGACGAGGCAGUGCACAAACCCGUCACUGAAUGUCAUGCGUGUGGUGCAUUGCAGCAUGCUUCACAAGAAUGGCGGGUGUGAGGGUGUGGAUGACCUGCUGGAGCUGGACUCGCUGUCCAACGACCAGUCGGUGGCCUUCAGCUACAGCGUCAAGUGGGAGCCGUCUGACGUCCGGUGGGCGUCACGGUGGGACAUCUACCUCAGGAGCCAGGCCACGGACGAUCAAAUACACUGGUCAGCCAUCAGCCACUGAGCGGGGCGAACAGGGAGGGUGGGAGAGCUGGGCUUGCAAGCAUGUUCUUUAUGCGGAUGGAUUGUAUGAGCAGGUUUUCGAUCAUCAAUUCGCUGAUGAUCGUGCUGUUCCUUUCGGGAAUGGUCGCCAUGAUCCUCCUCAGGACUCUUCACAGAGAUAUCGCAAAAUACAAUGAGGUCAGACAGACAUACCCAACACCCACCCACUCGACUCGUGCGGAUUUCUUUCAUUCGGUGCAGAUGGCUUUGGCGGAGGAGGCGCAGGAAGAGACCGGAUGGAAACUCGUCCACGGGGACGUCUUCAGGAAGCCGCCACACAGCCAAAUCCUAGCCUGCUCAGCCGGAUCGGGGAUACAGGUACAUAAAAGCCAGAGAGAGGGACAGAGAGAGAGAGAGAGAGGGAGAGAGGCAACACAUGCGCUCGUGUGCGUCAUGUGUGCAGAUUCUUGGUAUGACGAUUGUGCUGCUGAUAUUCGUGGCGCUCGGGUUCCUGUCGCCCGCUUACCGCGGCAGCAUCCUGCAGGCGAUGCUGUUGCUCUUUACCUUCAUGGGCAUCUUCGCAGGAUACACCUCGGCCAGAUUCUACAAAAUGAUGAAGGUCAGAACAUACAAACACCUACGGAAUGCCAUGCGCCAGUCGCGGCUUGUUUGCAUGUGUACCGGUUCGUUCGUGUGUCUGUCUGUCAGGGAGAGGACUGGAAGCGGACGACACUGCUGACGGCAUUCCUGUACCCCGGCACAGUGUUUGUCAUCUUCUUUGUCCUCGACCUCCUUCUGUGGGGCGAGCAGUCGUCGGGCGCCGUGCCAUUCUCCACCAUGUUCGCCCUGCUCGUCCUCUGGUUCGGCAUAUCCACGCCACUCGUCUUUCUGGUGAGCCCAGCCGGGGGGCUGGCCUGGUGUGGUACACGUGGUCGUAGGCAGCCUGACCGGAAAAUGGCUCUGUGCGUGUGUGUGUGUGUGUGUGUUGUCAGGGUGCGUAUUUCGGUUACAAGGCCCAGCCGAUAUCGCUGCCGGUGCGAACGAACCAGAUCCCACGUCAGAUCCCCGCACAGCCCUGGUUCAUUGGGCCAAUCUUCACCUGCCUCGUCGGCGGCGUGCUGCCUUUCGGGUGAGAGAGGGAAGACCAAAGUGUGGCCUCCUCUGUUAAUUGCAGUGCUGUCAUGUCCGCCGCCGUCUGUCUGGGUGUAUGCAGAGCUGUGUUUACUGAGUUGUUUUUCAUCAUGUCGUCGCUCUGGCAGCACCAGUUCUACUACCUAUUCGGUGGGGGAGGGACACAGAGGGCGUUCCGUGGCCUUCGUUACUUACAAACAGCCCAAAUUGCGUGGGUGCGUGGGUGUGGUGUGCUGGUGUGUGUAUUGACUGAUUGGUCCGUGAAGGGUUCUUGCUGCUGGUGUUGGUGAUUCUGAUCUUGACAUGUGCCGAGAUCUCGAUCGCCCUGACGUACUUCCAGCUGGCGAGUGAGGACUACAACUGGUGGUGGCGCUCAUUCUUCGCCUCGGCCGUCAGCGCCUUCUACGUGUUCCUCUACUCUGUCCUCUACUUCGCCACACGGUACCGUACGGGCAGGCAGUCAUUCCCACCACACGGAUUGGAUUGCAAUAAUGCAUUGGCGGGAGGCAUGGCAUGCUUUCCUUCUCUUUGUGUGGCUUGUGUGUGUGUGUGUGCAGGUUACAGAUCAACAAGUUCGUGUCGAUACUGCUUUAUUUCGGUUACAUGUUCAUCAUCUCGUUCUCAUUCUUCCUCCUCACCGGUAAGUGAAAGUGGGUCGGUCGGGUGCUGUGCUCGCACCGCAGAUCGAUGUCUCUCCCUCUCCGUCCCCCUCACUGCACUUUUUGUCUGUUGGCGUGCCUGCAGGUUCCAUCGGGUUCAUAUCAACAUUUUAUUUCGUGAGGGCCAUCUACGGCUCCAUCAAGGUCGACUGACGCAC